AUGGAUGUGCAGCGAGCAAAGCCGUUCUGGGGAGCGCCCACGUCCAACUUAAACUUUUGUGAAGAGGACUACGUUGUGACGCGGUACAUUGCUGAAUUCAUCAACACCCUGAGCAGCCUGGUAUACGUUGGCUAUGGAAUCUACGGCUUGGCUCAUGGGCGACGAAAUGGUUCGCGCCUCGUUUCCUACUGCGGGUUGAUCGGGGUAGGCGUGUGCUCUGCCGGAUACCACAUGACGCUGAAAUACCACACGCAAAUGUCCGACGAGUUGUCGAUGCAUCUUCUUUCGACACCGCUCCUCUAUCGCAUCUUGACCUUUAACAAAUCGGAGCAAUAUACCAAAACGGCGGGGGUCAUUCUCUGCAUACUAUUUACCGUCGUCAUGGCGACUCACAUGCUCAUGGACGAAUUUCUCCUGCACGCGACGACGUUUGGUUUUGCCGUCUACAUGAUUGCCACGAGGGUCAUGAAGCUCAUUCCUCAGCAAGUUCCCGAUCCGCAGACCAGGAGCAACUUCAAAAAGAUUGCUAGAUUCGGCACAUUUAGCUUCGGCUUCGGCUUUUUCGUCUGGUUAAUCGACGAGUGGGCAUGUGGCAUGUUGAACGGUGCGAGGCAGUCUGUUGGGCUGCCGGCAGCAUUCUUCCUCGAGUUACACGGAUGGUGGCACGUUUUUACUGCAAUUGGCGGCUACAUCGCCGUUGCGCUGGUGGAUGAAAUAACAUCCGGUGAAGUCACCACCGAUCCGACUCAUUUGCUAGCUUGGCCUGUCCCGUUUGCAGCACAGUACGUACCGGGAAUUGCGAAGCCGGAGAAAGCGAAUGGUAUCCAUGGGAAGACUGCGUAA